CAGCCUGCUUGGCACAUCAUGGGCUGGGCAGGAUGGGAGCCCCACGCCUGUCCGAACUUAGGAAGAAAGGCCAGAGUGUGGGCAGAAGAGAGGAAACCGUUCUCUGUUCCCCGUCUCCCAUGGGCCUGAUUAACUGCCGGCGCAUGCCAUGGAACUGUGCACCAAGAAACGCCCCCCAGAGGAGGAAAGGAGGGUGAAAGCGAACGCCCGGGAGUAUAACGAAAAGUUCCAGUAUGCGAGUAACUGCAUCAAGACGUCAAAGUACAACAUGGUCACCUUCCUGCCCAUCAACCUCUUCGAACAGUUCCAGGAAGUGGCCAACACUUACUUCCUGUUCCUCCUCAUCCUCCAGCUGAUCCCGCAAAUAUCGUCUCUCUCAUGGUUCACCACCAUAGUGCCUUUGGUUCUCGUGCUCACGAUUACGGCGGUCAAGGACGCCACCGACGAUUACUUUCGCCACAAGAGCGACAACCAGGUGAACAAUCGCCAGUCUCAGGUGCUGAUCAGUGGAAAGCUCCAGCAGGAACAAUGGAUGAACGUUCGCGUCGGUGACAUCAUCAAGUUGGAGAACAAUCAGUUUGUGGCGGCUGACCUGCUCCUCCUGUCCAGCAGCGAACCUCACGGCCUGUGUUACAUCGAGACUGCUGAGCUGGACAGGGAAACCAACAUGAAGGUGAGGCAGGCCAUCCCUGUGACGUCGGAGCUGAGCGACACCAGCAAACUGGCGCACUUUGAUGUCUGCGAAAGGGGGAAAAUGCAUAUAGGUUCUCAGGGGAAGAGAGAAUUCUGCUUCCCAGGAGCCACUCUGAAAAAGGCCCUGCCCCUGAAAACAGAACCCGUCGAUUUCUCCUUCAACCCCCUGGCUGACCCCGGCUUCACGUUUUGGGACACGGGUCUCUUGGAGGCGGUCAAGCUGGGCGACCCGCACGUCCACGAGUUCUUCCGCCUGCUCUCCCUCUGCCACACAGUCAUGUCCGAGGAAAAGAACCCAGGGGAACUGUAUUACAAAGCCCAGUCUCCGGACGAAGGUGCCUUGGUAACCGCCGCCCGCAAUUUCGGUUUUGUGUUCCGUUCCCGCACCCCCAAGACCAUCACGGUGCAUGAAUUGGGGCGGCCAGUGACUUACCAGCUUCUGGCCAUUUUGGACUUCAACAACGUUCGCAAGCGCAUGUCCGUCAUCGUGCGGAAUCACGAGGGGCAGAUCCGUCUGUACUGCAAGGGAGCCGACACCAUCUUGCUGGAGCGGCUUCACCCCGGCAACCAGGAGCUGUACAACGCGACAACCGACCACCUGAAUGAAUACGCCGGUGAGGGUCUUCGGUCGCUAUGGUUCUGGCACAGAGCCAGCUGCGACUCAAGCGAGGGCCGGGAGGAGAGGGUGGCCCGGCUGUACGAGGAAGUGGAGAACGACAUGGUGCUGCUGGGAGCCACCGCCAUUGAGGACAAGUUACAGCACGGAGUUCCGGAGACCAUUGCCCUUCUCACGCUAGCAAACAUCAAGAUCUGGGUCUUGACAGGAGAUAAACAGGAAACGGCCGUCAACAUCGGCUACUCCUGCAAGAUGCUGACCGACGAGAUGACCGAGGUGUUCAUCAUCACAGGACACACGGUCCUCGAAGUGCGGCAAGAGUUGCGGAAGGCCCGUGAAAAGAUGGUGGACUCCUCUCGGUCUAUGGGAAAUGGAUUCACCUACCAGGAAAAACUGUCUGCCUCGGAUCUAGCCUCGGUGCUGGAGGCGGUGGCCGGAGAGUAUGCCCUUGUCAUCAAUGGGCACAGCUUGGCGCACGCCCUGGAGGCCGACAUGGAGCUGGAGUUCCUGGAGACGGCAUCCGCCUGCAAGGCUGUCAUCUGCUGCCGCGUCACCCCCCUGCAGAAAGCCCAGGUGGUGGAGCUGGUCAAGAAGUACAAGAAGGCCGUCACACUGGCCAUCGGUGACGGGGCCAACGAUGUCAGCAUGAUCAAGACUGCCCACAUCGGCGUGGGCAUCAGCGGCCAGGAAGGCAUCCAGGCGGUGCUGGCUUCCGACUACUCCUUCUCGCAGUUCAAGUUCCUGCAGCGCCUCCUGCUGGUUCACGGGCGCUGGUCCUACCUGCGCAUGUGCAAGUUCCUCUGUUACUUCUUCUACAAGAACUUUGCCUUCACCAUGGUGCACUUCUGGUUUGGCUUCUUCUGUGGCUUCUCCGCCCAGACUGUCUACGACCAGUAUUUCAUCACGCUGUACAAUAUUGUCUACACCUCGCUGCCUGUGCUCGCCAUGGGUGUCUUUGACCAGGAUGUGCCUGAACAUCGCAGUCUGGAGUACCCCAAGCUGUACGAACCCGGGCAGCUGAACCUCCUCUUCAACAAACGGGAGUUCUUCAUCUGCAUCGCCCAAGGCAUCUACACCUCUGUCUUCAUGUUCUUCAUCCCCUACGGGGUCUUCAGCGACAACGCCCACCUCGCUGACUACCAGUCCUUCGCCGUCACCGUGGCAACCUCCCUCGUCAUUGUCGUCAGCGUGCAGAUUGGGCUGGACACAGGAUUCUGGACUGCCAUCAAUCACUUCUUCAUCUGGGGCAGCCUGGCGGUUUACUUUGCCAUCUUGUUCGCCAUGCACAGUGAUGGCCUCUUCCAGCUCUUCCCCAACCAGUUCCGUUUUGUCGGCAACGCCCAGAACACGCUUGCCCAACCUGCCGUGUGGCUGACGAUUGCCCUGACGACUGUCAUCUGCAUCAUGCCCGUGGUGGCGUUCCGUUUCCUCAAGUUGGAUCUGAAACCGGAGUUGUCGGAUACGGUGCGCUACACUCAGUUGGUGCGGAAGAAGCAGAAAACACAACAUCGCUGCAUGGGCCGGGUCGUCCGAGUCGGCUCCCGGCGCUCCGGCUACGCCUUUUCGCACCAGGAGGGCUUCGGCGAGCUCAUCAUGUCUGGGAAGAACAUGCGGCUCAGCUCCCUGGCCCUGUCCAGCUUCAGCGGCCGUCCCAGCACCAGCUGGAUCGAGACCCUGCGGAAGAAGAAGAACGCGGGCGGAGAGGGCAGCGCGGCCAGCAGCCCGAGCGGCGGCGGCGGCGGGCCGGACAAAACCCUCAAGGUGUGAAGAGCCUGGGACAGUCCUGGUUGGACAGACGUCAGCAAGGCGGACAGGCGGCCCUGCGGCGAAGGGUCGCUCGCAGGCCGCAAUCGGGCCAUCGCCGCCGGUUUCCGUGGAGACACAGAACCUUCCGGAUGGAGCUUUGGUACCGGCCCAAGAGACCCCCCCCCUUUGGGGUCUCAUCAUAUAACCAAAAAAAAAAAUCAUAUCUGGCUGGUGUCGUAUAGUGGCGCAGCCUGCUGACUUGGUGGGACAGAUGGCCAUUGUUCCCCAAAAAGAUGGACAUAUACUCUUGACCGUCUUUUUUUCAUCCAGUGCUAUCUACCCACUCCGGGAGCGCAAUGUUUUUUCUCCCCGAACUGCACAUGAAUGUAUCUGGCUUGAGACACAAGAAAGGCGGGCUCAGAGGAGGCCGGGGUCUUGCGGGGCGAUGCCGGGGAGAAGCCCCCCCUCCCCCGUUCUCCUUAUUUCCCGGCUCCUCGCCAUGACACGUGUGUCUUUUUAAAAAAAAAAACAUAUAUAGAGUAACUAAAGAACAAUCUAAGUUUACAAAAAAAAAAGACGUUUUAUUUUCUAUUCCCAUUGGCAAAAGAAGUUCUCGGUGGGUGCCCUCGGGCACCGAGCGGGGGCAUUUUGAGGAACGGGACAGAAACAUCGUAGCACAAGAGACCCCGGAGUCCGCUCGACCAGCCGUGGACGGACAAACCCCACCGAGGAAGAAUUCCGAAGCCGACGCGUGCGAAGAAGCGAGACGCCCAGCUCUUUGCGAGGAGAGCUGGGGGUUUGGAACACCGCCGGGCAGCUUCUGCCCCUCCCCCCGUCUCAUCCCGGGCCGCCCUCCCAGCCCCCCAGCCCUGUCUCAAACCUCGUGACCGCUCGUUGGGGGCCGGAGAAGGUGUCAAAAGAAUUUUAUUUUUAUAUAAUGUCCAACCUUGGCUUGCAAGGAGCCUCCUCCUCUCAGACCUUCCUCCUUUCCCUGACGGGCCCAGCCAAUGUUUUGAAUCAUUGUUGACAGUGCGGGGCCAGGGCUCACCUGCCGGACACAGCAAAGCAAAUCCAAACAGGAAGGAGAUGGGCGCUGAGCAUCGGUUGUUUAGGAUCCUGGCAAGCGAAGUCAUUCUUUGCGGCAGGGUCAAGUCCCCUUUCCCCGUGCUACACCUUCUCUGUUUUUCCUCCCCAGUACGUUUCAGUGGCUGGCUGUUUGGGGUGAUACCCGGUUAGGUGUCAAACUCGCGGCCCUCCAGAUAAGCAUAAGCAUAUUAUUGUCAUGGUGCACGCACAACAAAAUUUACGGCAGCAUCCCUCGAUGCACACAAUUCCAGACUCAUACCCCAUCCUCACUU